AUGUGGCGACAGAGCUUUGGACUUCUAGAAAAAUCCUACUCCCAUGACAUGCCUCUGUGUAAUGCUGUGGUGGAUGUUGCCAUCGAAGAUUACGUGGCUGAUGUGGUCUCUGAACUCAUCUAUCAGAACAAGAGUCAGAUCUCCACAGAAGUCCUUUUUGUCUUCCCCCUUGGCCCCCACAUGGCCAUCUACUCCUUCCAGGCCCACAGUGAGGAUGCCAAGGUCCAGGCCAUGCUUCAGGCCCAGCAGCUGCAAAAGGCUACAAUAAGCUGGGAUAAUCUGGAAUACCUCCAGGACCAGUCUCAGUAUCCAGGUGAGGUGUUUGUCUGCUUCCUGGGCACCCUGUACCCUGGCAAGGAGAUGGUUGUGACCUUGCGCUAUGUCCAAGAGCUGUCACGGGAGCCAGAUGGAGCAGCUCAUUUUGUGCUGCCACCCACAAUGCAUCCCCACAGAACACGUUAUGCCUGGAACUGUCUCACAGGUAAGCUGUCCUACAGCCUGCUGUUCACUGCUAGCCUGCAGUCACCCCGUGGAGUGGCCAAUGUCAAGGGCAACUUCUGCCUCACUCCUCUGAUCUACAAAGCCCAGGACUGCAGCACUGCACAGGUCUCACUGGCUGGCAGCCCCCCAAGUUGUGAUUUGGAGCUGCUUGUGUAUUUUGGAGAACCUACUGUAAUCAGUGCCAUGGUGGAGAAGGGAGACCCUGGGGCUCUCCCUGGCUCCCUUCUUGGUGACCCCAUGGUGUUGGUGACACUGGCACCCAGCAUCCCUGAGGCAAUGCCUGGGCAGCGCCAGUCUGGAGAGUUCAUCUUCGUCUUGGACACCACUUUUCUUAAGCAUGCACAGGACUCCCUGCUCUUCCUUCUCAAAAGCCUGCCCCUGGGCUGUUACUUCAACAUCUACUGCUAUGGAGAAACUUCUGAAACCUCAGUGGGCAUCUACCCGCAAAGUGUCGAAUAUACUCAGGAUAACCUGACAGAGGCUCUGCAGCUCCUCCCCUCCCCCGCCUCCAGUCUGGGUGACUCCAACCUCCUGGGAACCCUCCGCUCCAUCUACAGCACCCCCCGCCCCCGCGGGCACGCGCGGCAGCUCUUCAUCUUCAUGACUGGGCUGCCCCCUGAGCAGGAAGCCAUCGCAGCUGAGGUCAGCCGGCAGCGCCACAGCCACCGGUGUUUCUCCUUCUGCUUCUCUGAGGACAGUGCUGCCCUGGCUACGGCCCUGGCCAGAGAGACAGGGGGUGAAGCUACUUAUGUCUCCUCUGACAACAGUAUGACAACUGUGCUGAAGUACCUCAAGCAGGCCUUGAAGCCAACAGCUGAAGGAGUCUCUCUGAGCUGGACCCUGCCCCGUGGCCUGGAGAUUGAGGUGCUGGGGGGCAUUCCUCAGUCUAUCUUUCAUGGUCAGCACAGCCUCCUCUAUGCCCAGAUCCAUGGACAGGCACAGGAUACAGCGGUGACCAAGGGGGUCAUGACAUUGCAGUACAGCUGGGAUGGCCAGGACGUCACUCACACCACUGAAUUCCCACUGUGCCCACAGGGAGAUGGCCGGCUGGCUGGGCAUCGUCUGGCUGCAAGAUUCUUGCUGGAGCAGUUGCUUCCAGAGGCUGCAAGUGGGGCAGGGGAUGAACCCAGGCAUCGUGCAGUGGAGAUCAGCCUCACUUCAGGGAUCAUCUGCCCCUUUACCAGCUACGUGGGAUUUCGCACAUCCCAGAGGGGCACCUGGUACCGAGGGCCCCUGGCACUGUUGCCACCGCGCCAGUCACACAUCCCCUGCCAGAUUGUUGAGCUUCGUGGCUCCCUUGAAGUCUCUUCCUGCCAUCCUAAGAGCAUCUGGAUCCCACCUGGCUGGAUGACAACAGCACGUCAGUCAUGGCUUGCCCUCCGCCGACUCACCCAAGGCAUUGCAGCCCUGCCCCGGCGGGGGGCUUGUCCAAAAUGUAUGGAAUAAUCAUGUAAUCCACCACCACCUAUUUCUUCUCUCAAGUAUGUGGACACCAGGCUAUUUGUUUUGAGUUCUCCGAUGACUGGGCCUUGGUUCAUGGCAGGUGUUGCUGAGUGCCAGGAGCUGGUGGCACUGCAGAAUGCAGAUGGCUCCUGGGCACUCAGCUCAGGACUGGCCUCUGCGCUGCAAGUUGAUGAGGCUGAAAUCAAGGGGAAGAUGCCUGGUGAGGCCGUGGAGGCAAGCAUUUGGGCCACAGUGCUGGCUGUGACCUGGCUGCACAGCCAGAAGUAUUACCAAGACGUCUGUGAGCUGCUAGGGGCCAAAGCUGUGACCUGGCUUUGUAGCCGGGCUGUGUCACAGCUGGACAAGUGUCUGGAGGCAGCCAACACCCUCCUUGGGAGCAGUGUGAAGCCAAGUAUCUUCAGGCUUUGA